CUGAUCUCCUUGCACUCCUUUCCAUGCAGUUUCAAACAGUCACACUUGCAAAAGUCUUCGCAUCCCGUACACGGAGUGCGUAUACGAAAGCAGCCCUAGCUGGCUAGGCCCUAAAAAAGCAACAUCUUUUGAUGCAAGAAGCAGUUCCCAGCCAAAACUACCAUGCUUACUGUAGCUCAUGCUUUGGCUAGCUCUCAGCACUGCGAAACGUAAAAAGUUUCUCUUCAUUCGAAGUAAGCUGUUUCUCACCUCACAAAAGCUUAUAGUCUACUUAUCCCACCCAAUUAUUUGAUCAGUCUGCUCACCAUGUCCUUGAACCGCACCAAGAAUGGACAGUCCUUCCAGUACGUGGGAAAGUGGACACAGGAAGAAGAGGAAUAUGUUGUGGCCCUGGUUGACCAGUUUCGAGCUGGGAACCUAGACAACGCGGAAGAAGGCACUGGCUUACGCUCGUAUUUGGCGGAGAUGCUGCAGUGUGGACCCAAGCGCGUCUCCAAGAAGUAUGAAGGUACGAACUACAAUGGAAGGCUCAAGUAUCACCAUGGGGAAGCCAAUCUCUCUCCAGAAGAGUCUCUGAUGAUGAAGCAGACUCUGGAAGCACGUCGUGUGGCAUUUCUCAACAGCCGCGGAAGACUCAUCCAGGGUCUCGCGGCAGUGACCCCUCCGGCGGCUCCUGCUAGCAGCCAACGGUUGGGUCAACAGUUCAAGAUGGCAGCUGCCAAGAAGGCGGCCCCGGUUGCAAAGGGUGGGACGAACCGUCAAGUGGCGUCUCUGCUGCGGUUGCCUGGGGCUUCCUUGCCCUCUGUGUCGUUUCCGCAAGCAUCCAGCCUGGGCCUUCCGGGGGCGUUUCCCUCUCGACACGGUCAGCCGUCAGAGUCGCUUCUGUUGUCUCUUCUUGCAAGCAAGAAUACUGCGCAGCUUGCUCCCGUCGGUGGACCACGAGACGCCGCAUCGGGAGCCAUGCUGCUAUCUUUGAAUGGGAGACAACGUGCAAUGGCAAGCAGCACAGAGAGGACAAUCCCCACGGUAACGUCUCUCCAGUUGUCACAGGCACGAUGCCUAGAGCUUCAACGCCAGCUAGUAGCUCUGGAAACCCAACAUGCCGUUGCCAGUGGUCAACGCCAGUUAGCUCUCGAAACCGAGUUUGACUUGGCCAAUAGUGCAUGGAGGACGAACAACUAUCAUCCUUCCUUGUAAAGAAGCAAGCAAUACGGAGCUUCAUGAGGAACAGGAAAGACGAUGCCUUUUGUCAUCACAACUUGAGGAGGCACAACUCCCUAGAUAGUUUCACAGUUACAUAAGGGAAUAGCCACUACACCACAUC